CGCCAUUUUAUGUGUAUAUGAGGCGGCUUCCCUGGCUCCUUUGGUUAUUGCGGCGCCUCCUCUCCGUGCCGGGUGGUUGUUGUGUGUGCCAUGGAAGGAAUUGUCCAAGAUAUAACAGUUGGUACAAAGCGGGGAUCUGACGAGCUUUUUUCUUGUGUUACUAACGGACCCUUUAUCAUGAGCAACUCUGCUUCUGCAGCUAAUGGGAAUGAUAGUAAGAAAUUCAAAGGAGACACCAGAAGUGUAGGUGUUGGCUCUAGAGUUAUACAUGUCCGCAAACUACCGAUGGAUGUUACUGAAGCUGAAGUCAUAUCCCUUGGGCUUCCCUUUGGUAAAGUUACCAACCUCCUGAUGCUCAAAGGCAAAAACCAGGCAUUCCUGGAAAUGAACACAGAAGAAGCUGCCAAUACCAUGGUGAGUUACUUCACCACAGUUACUCCAGUCUUGAGAAGCCAACCCAUCUACAUUCAGUACUCAAACCACAAGGAACUGAAAACUGAUAACUCUCCCAACCAAGCGAGGGCACAAGCAGCUCUGCAAGCUGUGAAUUCCGUCCAGUCUGGAAAUAUAGCAUUGACUGCUUCUGCAACAGCGGUGGAUGCUGGCAUGGCAAUGUCAGGGCAGAGUCCUGUAUUGAGAGUUAUUGUGGAAAAUCUCUUCUAUCCAGUAACACUGGAUGUAUUACAUCAGAUAUUCUCAAAAUUUGGCACUGUAUUGAAAAUAAUCACGUUCACGAAGAAUAACCAGUUCCAAGCGUUACUGCAGUAUGGUGAUCCUAUGAGUGCCCAGCAUGCCAAAAUUACACUUGAUGGACAGAAUAUAUAUAAUGCGUGCUGCACGUUACGAAUCGACUUUUCAAAACUAACAAGCCUUAAUGUAAAGUACAACAAUGACAAGAGCCGUGAUUAUACACGUCCAGAUCUUCCUUCUGGGGAUGGACAACCCUCCCUGGAUCAGACCAUUGCUGCCUUUGGAGCCCCAGGGCUGAUCUCUGCCAAUCCCUACGCAAGCGCUGGUUUCCCUCCAACAUUUGCUUUCCCCCAAGGUGUACAUGGUACUCUUACACCACUGACCUUGCCUAGUGCCGCUGCAGCCGCCGCAGCUGCUGGGAGACUGGGUAUUCCUGGUCUAGGAUUACCUGGGAACGCUGUUCUGCUGGUUAGCAAUCUAAGUCCAGAGAGAGUUACACCCCAAUGCCUCUUUAUUCUUUUCGGGGUGUAUGGUGAUGUACAUAGAGUGAAAAUUCUCUUUAACAAGAAGGAGAAUGCCCUUGUGCAGAUGGCAGAUGGCAAUCAGGCUCAGCUUGCCAUGAGUCAUUUAAAUGGUCAGCGGCUCCAUGGAAAACCUCUUCGUAUCACUAUGUCUAAACAUCAUACGGUGCAGUUGCCCAGGGAGGGACAAGAAGAUCAAGGCUUGACUAAAGACUAUAGCAGUUCCCCUCUCCAUCGCUUCAAGAAACCAGGCUCCAAAAACUUCCAGAACAUCUUCCCUCCCUCUGCAACCUUACAUCUUUCUAACAUACCACCCUCUGUUACAGAAGAAGAUAUCAAGAUGCUAUUUUCAAAUGGUGGAUUCACAGUUAAAGGAUUUAAAUUCUUCCAGAAGGACCGUAAGAUGGCUCUUAUCCAAAUGGCAUCAGUGGAAGAGGCCAUAGAAUCUUUAAUCGAACUUCACAACCAUGACAUGGGGGAAAGCCAUCAUCUCCGUGUGUCCUUUUCUAAAUCCACUAUUUAAGGAGACAGUGGAUUUUUGCUACAUAAGUGACUUAAUCCUGAGGAGUGUGGCUUCUAUUUGCAGAUGUCAUUCUCGAGGGCCUACUUCCAUCAUUCCAGAAAAGAAAAGCCACUUUAUUGAGGAAAACAGCUCAAGUGUCCUUGCAAAACCGAUUUUAUUUGAACUACACCACCAUCCCUUUAAGAAAUCUGUAACUUUUAUUUUUAUAUACUUUUUUUUUAUUGUAAGGGCUGCAUACGAGUUUACUAGUGGUGAUGCACAGUGAUGUCUGACUCGAUGAGCAUGCAAGAAAGCCUGCAGUGUAAAGUCCGACUUUUUUUUUUAUAUAUGUGUGUAUUCCUGCAGUAGAUCUGGUAAUUUUGUUUGUAACCAACGUUUAGGUUAUGCAGUGCCUUACUGUGUGAAACCUAUCAAUUUAUCUAGCCGAUAUCUAUAUAGAACUUGUGUGUUGGAUUCGUUGUGGCAUUUCUUAUAUUUUAAUUUUUUUUUUUUUUUUUUUGUGCCACCGUGAGACCUACCAAUAUUUGCACUUUACUGCAAGUAUUAGGUGGAUGGUAAAUGAGGCCAUCGGUACAGUUGUGCCUUGAAGUCUUGACAACCUCUGCAGCAAUAUGGCACAAAGUUAAUUGCAGUGACUUGGUAUCUGUAGCUAAAAAAAGAGCAGAUGUCCUAGCAUCUGAUUUAUGGUGCACUUCACCCCCCCCCCCCCCCAAAGCUAAAUGGCUUUAUUAAUCAUUCCUGGUAAAUAUAGACCAACUUUUUAUUUUUUGGGGGCUUUUGGUUUUUUUUAUAUCUGAUAUUUCUCAGAUGUGCAAAUUGUACUGAGCUAAAGUGGUUGUAUUACUGGCUCUAUCUUAAUCUUUUGUUUAGUAUACAUUCCUUUUUCGUGCCUUUUUUAGCAAUCCGCACACACAAACCAGCAAUGCCUUAAAUCACUCCAGUGGGUGUGUAGCAGUCUGAAAACUUCAGGUUUAUAUUGAAAUGAUCGCGGACCAAAUAUAAGACUUCGUAUGUACUGAACAAUUUUCUUAAUGCUCAGAAUGUUUCUGGUACCUCUCACCAAUCAAGAAAUGUGGACCAUAAUCCCAUGAGCAGCAACAGGCCUUUUUUUUUUUUUGUUUUGUUUUGGUCUUGUUCCUAUUCUUUGCAAUAUAAGAAUAGGCAAGUACUAUAUGUACAGGAAUUUGAAACUAAUUUGUACUGUUUUUUCAUCCAGUCUUGCUGGUGGUAGGUGUUGCUUUUCAAGGGUUGGCUACCAAAAAUCAAACUUGUGUACGAUUGUAGGCUUACAGCUUUUUCCAGUCCUCCCAGAUUUAGUGCCUUACCAAACUAAUUGUUUUUUUUUUUUUGUUUUGUUUUUUUCUUGCAACAGAUGUUUAAGCCAUGAACAUUUAUUUAAAGGUUUAUCAGCAGAUAGGACUGUGCCUCUCAGUAUACUCUGGUUAUUCAUGCUAUAUACAAGAACUGUAAAUAUCUGUAGCCUUUUAUAUACAUGUUAAACUGCAAAAGCCGCAAUCAAUUUUUUUGAUGGUUUAAAAAAAAAUCUAUUUUGAUAACUUUUUGGAAAGAUUACAGUAUUGUGGGAAGUUGAGAUGAGAAACGGCUAAAGAAUUCCAUUACCUCUAAUCAAAUGUUUGUAUGGAGAAGAUAAAUUAAAAGUAUUUUAUAAGAAA